AUGCGCAUGAAUUUCUCUAUGGACAUCCCACCUUUUCUUCCUUUUUUUUUGUCUCCCCCUCCCCAACAUCAAUUCCCUUUUAUAUCAAGCAUUCUUUCCCACCCCCACACUCCCGCGUGUGCCCCUCCUUCUCCUGCUUCUUCAUUAAUUCUCAAGCGUCUCCCUUUUACCGGUUACUAUCUCACUUUUUCCUUGUUUUUUUCUUUCUUUUCCCUUCUUUUCUGGCGGACGAUAUUUCUUCAACGUUUAGAAUUUCACUCUCUCCCUCUCUCUCUCUUCCUUUUCUUUCUUGAUUGUUUUUUACCCUUUCUUUGUUUAACUAUCUAUCUAUCUAUCUAUCUAUCUUAUCUAUCCAUAUCUAUUCAUCUAUCUAUCUAUCUAUCUAUCUAUCUGUCCAUCUAUCUAUCCAUCUAUCUAUCUAUCUAUCUAUCUAUCUAUCUAUCUAUCAUCUAUCUACGUCUGUCCAUAUCUAUUCAUCCAUUCAUCUAUCUAUCUAUCUAUCUAUCUAUCUAUCUAUCUAUUUGUCCACGUCUGUCCAUAUCUAUCCAUCUAUCUAUCUAUCUAUCUAUCGUCUCCCUGACCACAUUCUCUUACCAUUUUCCUCUUUUUAUCAUUUUUCAUUUCUUUUCUUUUUCUUUUCUAUCGUCUCUAAACUCUUGUCGACUUAAUUGUCACUUCGCACGGCUCUGA